AUGGAGCAUCAAGGAAGGAAUUUAUUUUAUUUAUUUAUAUUCAUCUCGGUGUGCCUCAGAAUACCACUAACAUACGCACAAGUAGCGAGUACAGAGGUUGGCCUACCACUGCCUCACUCGCCGCAACGAACGAACGCGUCGUCGUACGCGUGGAGCGCAUGGGGCGCGUGGAGCGCGUGCUCGCGGUCCUGCGGCGGCGGCGUGGCCGUGCAGGAGAGACACUGCCUACCGAGGGACCCGACUAGAUGGCGCCGCAGCAGGAAAAGAAGAAAACUCGUAAGAAGCACAGAUCGCAUAAGGAAAGCUCGCAAUACUAACAUCAGUUUGCCAGAUUGUCCUGGACUGGCGCGGCGCUACCACGAGUGUAAUACUACUCCGUGUCCUGGUCCAGCGCGAGACUCACGAGCCGAGCAAUGCGCAAUGUACGACCGCAGACCAUUUCGAGGAAGAUUCUAUACUUGGGUGCCGUACGUGGACGGUAACGCGCCUUGCAUCCUCAACUGUCGACCUCGAGGGCAGCAGUUCUACGCCUCACUAGCACUGGUGUCUGACGGUACUCCGUGUACAAAACCUGGUUUUCGAGCCAUAUGCGUACAAGGUUCUUGUAAG